UAAGCACAUCUGUGGAGGCACUUUGAUAAAGGAAGAGUGGGUUCUAACAGCAAGGCAGUGUUUCCCUUCUCGGUAUAAAGAUUUAAAAGACUACAAAGCCUGGCUUGGAGUCCAUAAUAUCAAAGGAAAGGGAGAGGAGAGGCACAGACAAGUUCUGAAUAUCUCCCAGUUGGUAUAUGGCCCCAUGGGGUCAGAUUUGGUCUUGCUGAAACUUAGCAGACCUGCCAUUUUGACAAAUUUUGUAGAAAUAAUCCGAUUGCCCAUUUCUGGAUGUACCAUUCCAGAGAAGACUAGUUGCAGUGUUUAUGGAUGGGGAUACACUGGAUUAAUUAAUUAUGAUGGCCUUCUCCGGGUAGCAAACCUGUUUAUUUUGGGAAAUGAGAAAUGCAACCAAUAUCUCAAAGGGAAGAUCACUGUGAAUGAGUCAGAAAUCUGUGCUGUGGCUGAAACUGUUGGUGCUGGGCCUUGUGAGCGAGAUUAUGGUGGUCCCUUGGUUUGUGAACAAAACAGGCUGAAGAUAGUAGUUGGUGUCAUUGUUCCUGGCCGUGGAUGUGCCAUUCGAAAUCGUCCUGGCAUUUUUGUUCGGGUCUCGUAUUACUCCCGGUGGAUACACAAGAUUAUGAUGACCUACAGAAAACCCUGAAAAACUCAACAACUUCCAUUCAAAGAAAGAUUUUGGACAGCAUGGAAUUAAUGUAUAAAGUACAGAUCAACAAUUUUUUUAACUACUUGAUAGUCAAGUUUGUUGAGCUUCUUUUAAUAUUUAUGGGUGUUUUUGGUGUUUUUGUCUAUCAGUGUUGUUUUAUAAAUGUUGGAGUGACUUACAGUAUAUGCAAGUAUGGUGACAUAUCUCCUGAAGAUACUUGAAUGGGUAAACAAUUUUGCAAAGAUAUUAUUACUGGAUGAUAAAUGGUUUUGUAGAAAUAGAUCAUAUGACCUCUUUUAUGCUGCUCUUCAGAUUAUCUUAGAAGGAGAAACAAUUUAUAGUUUUAUUUAACACACCUUAUUCUUUCUAUGAGCCAUAUAUUUCUCUUCAUAUAUGACAAAAGACCUACUGAGAGAUAUAUGCAUCUGUCAAGGACAGCAUAUAUGAUCAUAUUUCUCUUCCCCCCUUACAAGAGGUCAAAGAUUUCAAUAUUUCAUUAAAAAUAAUCUCUUUAGAAAUUAAUCUUUUCAUUAUUGAUGGACUUUGGCAAGCCUGCCAUAAACAGACUUCUCAUAGAAGUGAAUAUCACUUCCUUUUACACAGUGCUUAUAGACUCUACUUCUGCAUUUGGUUCCUUCAGCGUGUAUGUGGUCCCCUCAAAAACCCUUUUGGAUAAGGGAAGAAACACAGAAGUGGAUUGGUUAGCAAACUAUUGAUCAUUUGUUUAAAGUUAGUCCCAGAAAUAACUGUGAGUUUGCAAUGCUAAAGAAAGUAUUUCAUACAGUUUGAAAAAUUAAUCCUAAUUAGCUACUGGAGGACUUUGGGCAUUAAAAGAAAUUUUAAUCAAAUAUGCCCAAAUCUUUCUCAACAGAUAAGUGUUAAAGAUUCAGUUGUUUCUAGUUAUUUCAUGAAAGUAACUCUGUAUUUACAGCAGG